GUACGCGAAGAGAAUCGGAAGGUUCGUCAUCUGUGGGUUCUUGCGCGGAUGCGAAAGGUAAAGGCGAGGGGGAGCAAGAGGAGGUGGAGGAGUUGGGGCGGAUUGAGCAUCCGCAGGAUUUUUCUCGGAACAAGGAGGUUCAGGGUGCGCUAGAGAGGCGGAGCUGAAGGAGGUGAAGGUGGUGGAGUUCUUGCGGGAGGAGUAGGAGAGGAUUGAGCGUCUGCGGGAGGAUCAGGGCUUACAGAUUUCGUAAUGUCAUCGCUGUGUUAUCGACGUUAGUGACAGAUUCUAAUAAUGGCGUCGAUCUUAGGAGACGGCACGGGUCCUGGAAGUUCUGGAUCUUCCAGAUGCCUUUUGCUCCUGCAGAGGUCCUUAGCGAUACAAUUAACUAGAGGUCCACCUUUUUAUGUUACGAACACUGACCACCGGGAAAGCCCAAAGGAACAUCCGGCAGACGAGAUGUGGAUGUAUGAUAAAGGUUAUAAUCUAUUUCAGAUGGCCCGGAAAAGUUUUGUUGUGAUUCAUACUGCCACUUUUGUAUACGAAGUGAAAAUGUUUACGUGGGCGUUUUUCAUUCCAAUCAAUAGAUCCAGAGUAAGUUGUGCAAAGAAAGGGUUAGUAAAACAGGACAGUUCAGCAUCAUCUUAAACGGCGGAAACCAUGUUUUCUCGCUGCAUUGACAUGUUUUAAUCCUUCAAUAAUAAAUUUCUCAU